AUGGACUGGCAGGAGAAGGACGUGCUUGUCAUCGACGAGAUUUCGGGGAUCCCCAUCGUCCUCUUCUGCGGAGACUUUCAGCAGUUCCGGCCGGUCAAGAGAGACAACUCGUUCAAGGCCGAGCAGCGGCACCAGCACGACAAAGCGCACGCGCUGUGGAAGAGAUUCACGACGGUCGUCAUGUUGAACGAGCAAAUGCGCGCCGCCGGUGAUCCGGAAUUGCAGGGGCUGCUGAAGCGGAUCCGGCAGGGUGUGCAGGACCGCACGGAUCUGGACCUCCUCAACUCAAGGAAUCGGUGGAACCUAAACAUGGAGGCAAGCUUGGCGUUCCGGGUCCAGCAGCGGUCGACGAUGCGCAUCUUCAUCUCCGAGCACAAGUGGAAGGAGGGCCUGCCGACCGAGGAAGAAGCGAUCAUGGUACUCAAUCAAGGCGACGAUAGCGCGAUCCCCGUGCCGGCCGUCUUCAUGUUCGUGGCCGGGAUGCCGGUCGUCGUGAACCACAACACCCAUCAGGGGCUGAAGCUGGUGAACGGCGCCGGCUACUCGGCGGUGGAGGUCAUUGUCGACAAGGCGUCCCCAGGGCAUCGAAUCUCGUCCGACAUGACGAUCCACUUCGGGCCGCCGGCGGGAUAUUACUGGAAUCGGCGACGACAAAGGACCUCCACUUCGUCGGGAUGCCGCCGGGCACGAUCUUGUUAA